AGGAGGAGGGAGAGAAGGUGAGAGAGAGAGAGUGAGCGAGAUCAUGGCUGUCAGAUACAGUGUGCUAUAGUAUAGAUCUGAGUGGUGCGGCAGGGGGAGGACGAGCUUCACUGCACAGGGAGGGGGAGAAAGGGAGGGAGGGGAGAGAGGAAGAGAGGCAGACGGCACCGCUCCUCUGCCAGGAAGGGAAGAGCAGAACGGGACCGGACCGAGGGAGGACACACACGUUCACCCCCACACAGUCACUCCUACAGAGAACCAUCGGCCAGGUCAACGAGUAGAGGUCAGGAGAAGCUGGUGUGGGACGGGGGCGGAUGCCCCCCUCUGGCUGGGUACUGUCAGGAGCACUGAGCCCAGGAGGAGGGGAAGGAGGAGGGGAAGGAAUCGGGGGAGAGCCCCAGAGCCCUGGUUCCUCUGUAGAUUGAACCUGUCUUUCGAUGACCAUGGGGGAGUGGACCAUUCUGGAGCGGCUGCUCGAGGCUGCUGUCCAGCAACAUUCUACCAUGAUUGGGAGGAUCCUGCUGACUGUAGUAGUGAUCUUCCGUAUUUUGAUAGUAGGUAUAGUGGGUGAAAAGGUCUAUGAGGACGAGCAGAUAAUGUUCAUCUGCAACACUAUGCAGCCGGGCUGCAACCAGGCCUGCUACGACAAGGCCUUCCCUAUAUCCCACAUCCGCUUCUGGGUCUUCCAGAUCAUCUUGGUUUGUACGCCCAGCCUAUGCUUCAUCACCUACUCCGUACACCAGUCCGCCAAGCAGCGUGACCGCAGUUACUCCAUCCUGCACCCCUACAUAGACCACGGUCACGCAAGUCACCACGGUCGUGGAGGCGAUCACCACGCCCGCAAGCUGCGCAACAUCAAUGGCAUCCUGGUGCAGAACCCCGACAGCGGCAAGGAGGAGCAGGACCUGGAGGUCAAGGAGAUCCCCAACGUGUCCCGGGGGCUCACGCAGGCCAAGAGUGCCAAGGUGCGGCGGCAGGAGGGCAUCUCCCGCUUCUACGUCAUCCAGGUGGUGUUCCGUAACGUGCUGGAGAUCGGCUUCCUGGCCGGCCAGUACUUCCUGUAUGGCUUCAACGUACCAGGGAUGUUUGAGUGUGACCGCUACCCCUGUGUGAAGGAGGUGGAGUGCUACGUGUCACGCCCUACAGAGAAGACGGUGUUCCUGAUUUUCAUGUUUGCAGUGAGCGGCAUCUGUGUGCUGCUCAACCUGGCCGAGCUCAACCACCUGGGCUGGAGGAAGAUCAAGACGGCCGUCAGGGGUGUUCAGGCCCGCAGGAAGUCCAUCUGUGAGGUGCGUAAGAAGGACGUAUCGCAUGUGUCCCAGGCCCCCAACCUGGGCAGGACCCAGUCCAGUGAGUCAGCCUAUGUCUGACAGAGGCUCCUCCACAUGGGGGGACCUGGACCUCUGGACCGAGCACAGAUUUCUCUGGGGAGGACGAACACUCAACCCAGCUCCCCCCACCCUGAGGGGCACUAACUUAACACUGCAACAUUAUUCAGGGGUGCAGAGGGACUUCACAUGGCCAUACUGGAGGAUUAUUGGAGAGAAGAGCUUUUUGGACUCUACAGGAGAGAGAAAUGGCAGUUGAGGUGGCAGUUGAGAUGGCAGUUGAGGUACUAACUAAAGUUAGAUUUAAACUGUUGGGAGAGUUGUGCCUUCCAAGAGAACACACUGGAUAAAGAGGAGAUGGAACUAAUUACUGUAAGAAUAUGAAUUAAUGAUAGUUCAAAUUAAGAAAUAAGUCUCACAUAAAAUGUAUUAUCUUUGCCUUUGUGAGAGGUCAAACGUUGUCCCUUCAUUUAUUUAAGUAUGUGUGCAUAUGCAAGAACGUAUGUGUGAGCAUGCAUGCUCAUGUGUGUGUGUGUGUGUGUGCGCAAGAGAUAAGGCAGUGUGUAUGUCCUUUGUUCUGCAGAGUCAGAGCAGAGACGAUGGGUGAAGUUGAGUUGCUGAGGGAAUGGAAACAUUCCUUCUUUCCGUUAUUUUCCUUCCCUGCGGCAGCUCCACUACAAGGAGGAGCCAAGCAGAGGAGAUGCACCUUUUAUCAUCCCCUUAGAAACCCAGAAAAUAAUGCUUUAAAAUGUUUUAAAAAAUCAACACCAAAACUAUACCUCAGCACAAACUGGAACCCCUGUCCCCCCGUCCCCCCUCCCUGCACUAGCAUUCCUCCCAUAGCCCCCCCGUCCCCCCGUCCCCGUCCCCCCAUCGCUGUAUUAUGCAUUAUUUUAUAAGACUGACUACAGUAUGAAGCACUAAAGGAAUUAAUGGAAUUCCAACAAGCCCUUCUUUUUCCAUUACACAGGAAACAGAAGUAUUUACUCACAGAACAUUUUAACGUGUAACCCACAAGUUGUUUUCUUUACUACCAAAUUUGGUGCCAUAUUUCCAAGUUACUGUAAAUAGUUUAACGUAAUAAUAAUUGCAUAAAGUCUGCUUUUUCAGCUAUGAGGCUUAGGUGGGCGGGGGCAUGGCGUGCAUCAGGUUGGGUGCUGGGAUUUGGGUGGCGCUGGAGAUUAAUCAUAGAUUGCCAGCUUUAAGAAUAUAUCAUAUUAAUGUUCUCUUUGUUAAGAUUUUGUUCUCUAAUGGAAACUGUAUGUUUUUUUCUCCUAUGGACUUUGAAAAAGGCAUGUUACUGAAGCGUUCAUAGAAUGAAUAGAUUGUGACAUGACAUGCAAUUUAAAAAAGAGACUGUUUCAUUUAUUUGCAUCCUGCUACUGUGACAUGUAAUAAUCAGCAUGCGUUAAGAGGAAAAAUGAUGUAUCAGAUAUGAACAUAGCACCCUGUUAUGGGGAUAUUGGGAGCGAGUAUUGGAAUGGCUCCAGAAUUGCAGCAAUAAUAUAUAUAGAUAUAUAUAUAUGUGUGUAAAAAAAAUUACAAAUAAAUAAAUAAUUAUCAAAACGCCUCUA